CUUUGUCACAUGCGACCCUACAAAUGUUCGACACAUUUUCACGACCAACUAUACCAACUUCCCAAAGGGCGCGGAGUUUGCCGAUAUCUUUGACAUCGUGGGUGGCAGCCUAUUAACCAUCGACGGUGAGCCGUCUCGUGAACAGCGCGCAAAAGUCAAGGGCGCGCUCAGCAACCCAUGGAUGGCUGCCACUAUGGCGAGCUGCUGUUGUGACAAGGUGGAGAACGGCCUCCUCCCGUUUUUAGGCGAAUGGCAAGCACUGGCACUCCAUUUGACGUGCAAGAAGUGAUGUCGAGGUUUAUGUUUGACCUGGCUGCUAUGCCUUUCUUCGGCGUGGAUCCUGGCCUCCUGUCCUCGGAAAUGCUGCAGGACAUGCUGCCCAUGGACGCUGCGGUUGCCCUUGACACGUUCAUGGAGGUGGGAUUUUCCCUGCUCAUGACACCAAGUUCUUGUUGGAAGUUGAUGAGGUGGCUAAACAUUGGCCCCGAGAGAAAGCUCAAAGUGGCGCGCAUAGUGCUACUGGAGUUUGCUGCGGAGAUGAUGGAGAGGAGGAAGAUGAAUCCAUGUUUUGUUGGUAAUGAAGAUGAACAAGAGGAUGGGGAUAUCCUGUCUUCCUUCCUCAACGACCCAGACUAUGCCGAUGAUGACUUGCUCCGUGCGAUGAUCAUUGCCUACAUGUUCGCUGCUAGGGAUACAGUUGGAACAACCGUGACAUGGAUCUUCUACAACCUCGCCCAGAACCCUAACAUUGUUUCAAAUAUCCGAAAAGAACUCUCACCCAUUGCAUCACGCAAAGCAGCGGUUGGUGUGGAUGCCAUGUCGAUCUUUGAGCCAGAAGAGACCAGAUCUCUAGUAUAUUUGAAAGCCGUCUUGUAUGAGACUCUCAGGCUAUACCCAGCGGCGCCUCUUGAGUGCAAGACAGUGAUCGCCGAUGAUAUCAUGCCAAGUGGACAUGAGGUUCAUGCCGGCGACACCAUUAUUAUUUCUAUACACUCCAUGGGGAGAAUGGAGGGUGUGUGGGGUGAAGAUUGCCUCCAUUAUAAACCAGAUAGGUGGCUCUCGGUGGGUGGCAAUAACAUGAGGUAUGUACCAUCUCACAAAUUCUUGGCCUUCAACUCAGGCCCGAGGAUGUGCCUCGGCAAGGACAUCGCGAUUAUGCAGAUGAAGACAGUCAUCGCAUCAACGCUAUGGAACCUCGAUGUGGAGGUGAUGGAAGGGCAAACAAUCCAGCCCAAGCAAGCUUGUAUACAGCAGAUGAAAAAUGUGCUCAUAGUUAAGCUAAAGAAGCGAGAAAUGUAA